AUGUCCUCUGUCAUCGUUGCUCUCGCUGUUCUCGUUCUCUCCCUCCUUUACUUGACGCUUUUCCGGAAUGACCUGACACACCUGAUCAUUGAGAAGCUUCAAUCCUUCCGAACAGGCUCGGGAUGGGAAUUGUCACCACGAUCCAGGCUUCUCCCCAGAGCCACAAAGGCAGCUCUGUCAAGCAUUACAGGAACCGGUGUCGGUAUCUGGUCCCGGCUCUAUGCCAGAAUCUUCCACUCAGACGAGCUGGCAGAGGAGGAGGACGACGAGAAAUAUCAAGCUGGAGAGGCAUAUGGGGACCCCAAAGUGCUUGCCACCAGCCUGAUCAAGGAUCUCCGUGCACUUGGAGUCAAGGGCCGAAGAAGCGACCUUCGAACCCUGAUCGAAAUGGUGAAGAACAAGGGCAAGCCGAUGGAUGACCGUCAAAUGCAUAUGGAAAAAAUUAUCGCCAUCGUUGCAAUGCUGCCACGGACAUCCAAAGCUCGACAGCGCUUGACCGGCGUUUUGAUCGAUCAGCUCUGGCGGAGCCUGCAGCACCCUCCUCUGUCCUACUUCGGAAAUAAGUAUCAGUAUCGAACCCCCGAUGGAAGUUACAAUAACCCUCUCGAGCCCAAUCUUGGAAAGGCGGGCAGUCCGUAUGCGAGAUCAAUCCCCCGGAUCAAGACUAUGCAUGGCGUGCGGCCCGACCCUGGUCUUCUGUUCGACUUGCUCAUGGCCCGCGAUGAUAGCACCUUCAAGGAAAACCCAGCCGGCAUCUCUUCCAUGCUGUUCUACCAUGCGUCCAUCAUUAUCCACGAUAUAUUUCGCACCAAUCGCCGUGAUCCGAACAUCUCGGAUACCUCUUCGUACCUGGAUCUCGCUCCCUUGUAUGGUUCGAGCCUUGAAGACCAGCUGAAGGUCCGUACAAUGGAAAAGGGCAUGCUCAAGCCGGACACUUUCCAUGAGAAACGACUCCUCGGACAGCCAGCCGGUGUCAAUGUGAUCUUAGUGAUGUACAGCCGCUUCCACAACUAUGUCGCGGACAUGUUGCUGAAGAUCAACGAAAACGGACGUUUCACUCUGCCUCCGACGAGCUCAGAGGAGGCACGAAAGAAGGCAUUAGCAAAGCAGGAUGAAGAUCUUUUCCAGGUCGCUCGUCUUGUGGUCAAUGGACUCUAUGUGAACAUCUCCCUCCAUGACUAUCUGCGCGGCUUGACCAACACACACCACUCGGCGAGCGACUGGACUCUGGAUCCCCGCAUCGCAGUGGGCCGAACAUUUGAUCCUGAUGGAGUGCCACGAGGGAUUGGCAACCAGAUCUCAGCGGAGUUCAACCUGUUGUAUCGAUUCCACUCGGUCAUCUCCCGGCGCGACGAGAAGUGGACCAACGAGUUCCUCAAGUCUCUCUUCCCCGACCUGAACAAGCCCCUGGACCAGCUCACGCCGCAAGAAUUCAUGAUGGGUCUGAUGCGCUACGAGCAGAGCAUCGACAAGGAUCCCAGUAAGCGCGAAUUCGGCGGGCUCAAACGCAGCCCUGACGGAAAGUUCAACGAUGCCGAUCUGGUCCAAAUCCUCAAGGACAGCAUGGAAGACCCUGCUGGUUUGUUCGGGCCACGGAACGUCCCCAAGGCACUCCGGAUGAUCGAGAUCGCCGGUAUCAUGAGUGCGAGAAAGUGGGAUCUGGGGUCGUUGAAUGAAAUGCGCGAUUUCUUCAAGCUGAAGCGGCAUGCAACCUUUGAGGAUAUUAACCCAGACCCGGAAAUCGCUGAUCUCCUGCGGAAACUAUAUGAUCACCCAGACAUGGUCGAAAUGUAUCCCGGGAUGUUCUUGGAAGAUGCCAAACCCCGGUUGGAUCCUGGCUGCGGUGGAUGUCCUCCCUACACUGUGGGACGAGCUGUAUUCAGUGAUGCUGUCACGCUUGUUCGAUCCGAUCGGUUCCUCACUUUGGAUUACACGGCGUCCAAUCUGACCAACUGGGGAUUCCGAGAGGUCCAACAAGAUUACGAUAUCCUCGGAGGCUCCAUGUUCCAUAAACUGAUCCAGCGAGCUCUGCCCGGAUGGUUCCCCUACAACUCACUCCAUGCAACUCAGCCAAUGUUCACCCGGAAGAUGAACGAACAGAUUGCACGAGAAAUCGGAACCAUCGAUCACUACAGUCUCGCAGACCCGGCGCCGCCGCCCCGGAAGAUCGUCUUGACAGAUUAUGCUACCAACAUCAAGGUUUUGAAAGAUCAGGCGAGCUUCCGAGUCCCCUGGGCCCGCUAUCUCAACGACAUGUUCCCCGGGAAAACAUACAACGAUUACAUGUUGGGAGGAGAUGAUCCAGCCAACGCGGCGCAGAAGAAGCUCGUGCAUUCGAUAUUGUUCAGUCCAGAUCAAUUCCUCGACUUGUUGUCUGAGACGACCACCAAGCUGGGCAGUGAACUGCUCAAAGCCAACACCCUCUGGCUGACCAAGGAUUUGCAUCAAGUGGAUAUUAUCCGAGACGUGGCAAUUCCGCUCAACGCAAGAAUCAUGGCUGACCUCUUCUGCCUCGACAUGAAAACCCCCGAGAACCCAACCGGGAGUAUGAAUGCCGCAACGGUGUACAGGCAUCUGAUGAAUGUCCGCAUCUGGGGCUUCAACAACAACGACCCGGCUCUGAUGCUGCAGCGCAGAAAAUGGGCCAUUGAAAGCGCCGAGGCGCUCAUUGAAACCACCCGGAAGCUCGUCAACGAGCAGGCUCAGCCGGCGCAAAGUGGCGUCCUCAAGAACUUGAUGACCCGCAGACAGGCCACGGGUACCUUGCGCUGGUACGGCAACAAUGUCGCAAAGGAGAUGAUGGAGAUGGGCAUGUCCGCGGAGGAAGUUGCUGAUAUCUGCUGGCUGACCGCCAUUGGGGGCGUUGGAACGCCCUCUGGAGUUGUUGCCAAUGUGCUGCAGUACUACUUCCGCUAUGAAAACAUCGGGCAUUGGGAAGAAAUCCAGAAGCUCGUCACUCAACCCGAUACGCCAGCGGCUGACCGCACUCUGCGUCAGUAUGUCCUCGAAGCCAACCGUCUGACCAGUAUGGAGUGCACUGUUCGCGUGUGCGCGCGGCCCGUCACCGUCGACGGACACGACUUCAAACCUGGCGAAGUCAUCGUCAACCAUCUCGGACUCGCCUGCCGCGACCCUCACAACAUCCCCGACGCCGAUAAAUUCCGGCUGGACCGGCCCGCCAGCGCUUACAUCCAAUGGGGCUACGGGGCUCAUGAGUGUCUCGGGAAAGAAAUCGCCAUCACGUUUGCGGUUUCCAUGAUCCGCAUCCUGGCCGGCUUGAAGUACCUCCGGCCCGCCCCUGGAGAGAUGGGAGUCCUGAAGAGCGUCAUGGCCGAUGGGCGCCAGGCGUUCCUGAACGAUAGCUGGUCUUGGCUCACGCAAGACCCUACCAGUAAGUCAAACAUGCAUGGCAAAGCAAGCGCAGUGGACUAA